AUUUGUUUCAAAUAUAUGGCAUUGGAUAAUAUUUUCCAUUGCAAAUAGACAGUCGGCUUUUUUUUCUUCAAAAAUGUUUACCACCUAUUCGAGCAAUGAUGUGGCCGCCAACGAGGAAGUAGAUCAUACCCAUCAGGAGUUUUCUUCAGAAGUCGAGAGGGAUGUGCAGUCGAUCAUCCGUUUGGCCCACCAGGAGCACGAGGCUCUGGUACAACAGAAAGUCAUGAGCGCGAUGAAGCAACGCGAGGAGGAGUGGGCCAAGAUGCGGGACAUGAGACCUUCGUCCACAAGUUUAGCCCAGAUCAAGGCUGUUCAGGAUGAGGAGCUUAGGGCUCUCUUGGAGCAAAUCGUUUCCAAGGAGGACAGUAGCGAUGAAGACGAGUAUGAAUAUGAGGAUGAAGACGAGGAAGACCCCUUCUAAUGUCACUAUCAGCGGUUCAUUAUUCCUAUUUGAGAAAUGUUGGAGCACAUUCAACGGGUAGAUGUUUAAAUUGAUUUAAUGUUGUGGGAAAACAUUUUGAGGUUGCAGACAACAUGAUAAUCCCUUCUCUAAUGUAAUGCAAGCAAAUUAAUUUGGGUGUUGACGUCUUCAGCUAAGGACAAUCAACAUUAAAUCUAGAUUAAGCCGAGAUUAUAGAGUUUGUGUAAUGCCUGACCGAUACCUCUGCAAGCCGCAAUUUUUAGAUAUUCAGAAAGACUAAAAGCUAACAUGGAUUUAUGUAUGAACAAAGUGGGUGUGUGUAAAUAAUAAACCGACUUGUGUGGCAA